CCAAUCCCCCCCCGUUCCCCUUUCUCGACUCUUCUGCGCUUCGUCUCCCUCGCCCUCACGAAAACAAACCACCCAAUCUCUCCCUCCUCUCUCUCUCUCUCUCUCAAAAACCCUAAAAGACAACAAAACUUGAAUUGUCAAACCCCAUUUUCAAUCAACAUAUAGGUGUCGUAUAAAAAAUUUACGCAAGAAGAAGCGUGUCUUGUACCUCCUCUGAUCUGUUCAUCUGUUCCUGAGAUUCCGGCAAUGUCGGCGUCAGGAAGCGUCCGAAACCGCGUUUGCGAGAACCGGUUCUACAGUCCGCCGGCGAUGCGGAGGCACUACCAGCAGCAGCAAUCGCAGUUGCACAAGCUCUCCAAGCCCAAAUCCAAGAUGCCGUCGGUCGUGGAGUCCGAGAAGAGAAUCGAGUCCGAUGAUUGCUCAUCGACGACCACGACGACGGCUCCGUCGGUAUCUUCCUCGUAUUCGCCGCCGGGGACCGCCAGUUUGACUAAUUUGGAUAGGUUUCUGGAGCAUACUACUCCCUCCGUUCUUGCUCACUGUUUCUCUAAGACAAGCAAUGGGGAACAGAGAACUAGUGAAGAGGAAUUUCACCCUUACUUCAUUCUUGAGAAUCUCUGGGAAGCCUUUAAGGAGUGGAGUGCAUAUGGGGCAGGAGUUCCUCUUGUUUUGGACGAGAGUGACUCUGUUGUGCAAUACUAUGUGCCAUACCUGUCUGGCAUUCAGCUGUAUAUAGACCCAUUGAAGUCCAGCAUGAGGCGAAGGUGGCCUGGUGAAGAGAGUGAUGCAGAUUCAUCAAGGGAAACUAGUAGUGACGGCAGCAGCGAGGUUGGGCCUGAAAGAGUAGCCAAUGACAUCCAGGAUAUACAGAGCCAGCAGAAAACUGUGAAUGGAACUACCCACAGUUUUAGCAGACUUUCAUUGAGUAAUGGUGCAUUUGGUGGAAUAACCCCUGAUGAAGGCGAGAUUAGCAACCCUCCCGGAUUACUUAUAUUUGAAUACUUGGAGCGGGAUCCACCAUACAGCCGUAAACCCUUGGCUGACAAGAUUGCAACUCUUGCCACUAAAUUUCCAAAACUCAAAACCUAUAGAAGCUGUGAUCUAACCCCCGCAAGUUGGGUUUCUGUGGCAUGGUAUCCCAUAUAUAGGAUACCAACUGGUCCAACCCUACAAAAUCUGGACGCUUGUUUUUUAACAUUCCAUUCCCUCUCAACGCCCUUCAGAAGUAGCAGCGGUGAUUGGCCACCUCAUGCUGGAACUCCUAGAGAGCUGCAUAAUGCCAGCAUGCCCCUCGAGCUGUCGUUACCUAUCUUUGGGCUUGCCUGUUACAAGUUCAAAGUUUCUGUUUGGAAUCCAAAUGGAGUUUAUGAAGGCCAAAAGGUGAAUUCCCUAUUGCGGGAUGCUGACAAAUGGCUUCGUCUUCUACAAGUUCAUCACCCUGAUCACAACUUCUUCGUAUCCCGCAACUCCUACUGGAGAUGAGAAAGAGACCGAGAGAAAGUGCCCUUUUUGAAAACCCUUUCUCCAAGAAUUCAAGCCCAACGAUCCACCGUGUUCCUCCUCCUCCUCGACCUCAACGUUUUUCUUGACAUUGCUGGUUAAAUAUGCAGCAGCUUAAACAAUUUUCAUACUUAAAACGUUUGUGUUGCCCUGCACUAGUUAUCCCCCGACUGACUAUGCGAAUGCCGCGGUUUAGUUUUUGCUUGGGCUUGAAAGGUGAUAAGUGUGGUGGAGAAAUGCUUUUGGGAUGCUACAUAAAAUGCAUAAAUACAAGAAGUUCCAUCAUAAUGGGGUCAUGCCAUGAUUGUCUUGUAGUUUUGAGUUGGCAUUUUAUGGUUUUGCUUUUCAAGCGUUGAUGACCAAAGAAAAUCAGUUGGAGCUUCCUUUGAACCAGAUGGAUGCGAUAACUUAAUAAUAUUAACUUGUAUGCAUGUAUGUAAUGUGGCAGGCGAAAAGAAAAGCUGCAAAAUGCUUGUGAAUUAGUAGUAGAUCAUAUAAACCUUAUUUAGAACUUAUUUGGACUGACAA